AUGCAGCUCACCACCCUUACCUCCCUCGCUCUCUUGUCGCUUGGCGUGAGUGCCGGCACAGUCAACAAGCGGAACGGCGAGGGCGUCCACCUCGCCAACUGCUACCAGAACUCGCCGCUCGGCCAGGUUCCAUUCUCCCAAUUCAUCUACUAUGCAGAUGAUGCCCAAGCCAGCCAAAACGUCGUCCCCUCAAGCAACAAUCAGUGCCGCGUAAACACCCCCGGACAAGGUGGCUUCAAGACGUGGGAGGGCUCUCUCAUCAGUUGCUCGUUCCCGACCAACACCUACUUCACGUCCAACAUCCAGAGCGGGGCUGGAAGCUACAGUAUCGGGCAAUAUGCCGGAUCCGGCCAGAGCAGCUACCAUAACUUCAACUGCUAUCGCGACAACAACCACCAGCUGUACAACGAUGGCACAUACACCUGCUGGAGCGUUUACUACUGCCUUAACGUAAGUUUCUUCAAGUUGAUGUUGGCACGACAUGCUAAUUGCUGGCAAUAG